CACGAGCAGGGAAACGGCCCGCGUUGCUGCCGCACUGACUGGGAGGGAAGCCUCGGGACAGGCCGGGUCGGGUCGCGGCAUGAGGGAGCUCGGACCGGGAGACUCUUCGGAAACUCGGAGGCGCAGAGAAACGUGAAUCCGAAGGUUGCGCUCUUCCGGGAGCCGGCAUUGGGGCGGUGACCCGUAGGGCCCUGCCACAGGCGGCCCCGCGUUGGUGGGAACCUGGGCGGGAGUCUGGGGACGCGAGCUCAGGGCGCCUGGGGGCCCGGGAUCCUGUCCUCACUCCGCUCGCGACUCGCUGUGGGUCCGACACCUUCCUCUGUAACCCGUUCUGUCACCUGUGGAUGUUGCGGCUGAGAGAGGGAUGCGACUUGUUGGUGGCCGAUUCGAGACCGGAACCUUAAGCUUUUGACUCCUGGUGCAAAGAUUUAUCCACUGGCGGCUUUGCAGGACAAGGGAAAAAAAUCUCCAGCUGUGUCCCCAGAUUGCUCAGUGACCUCAGGCAAACUGAUUCCUCUCUCUGAGUUGCAGUUGCUCUAUCUGUAGGAUGAAGGAUCUGCCCUCUAUGGUAGCCCAGAACACUUCCAGAUGGCACUCCCUACACUGCCCUCCUACUGGUGCAGCCGGAGGCUCCUGGAUCAGCAGAUAGCACGACAAAGGGAGCAGGAGGCCCGGCUUCGGCAGCAGUGGGAACAGAACAGCCGUUACUUCAGGAUGUCUGACAUCUGCAGCUCCAAACAGGCACAGUGGAGCUCCAGAACCUCCUACCAGCGGAGCAUGCUUGCCUAUCAGCGUGAGAAGAUGAAGGAGGAGAAGAGGAAGAGUCUGGAAGCCCGACGAGAGAGACUCAGGCAGCUUAUACUGGAGGAGCAGGACCUGCUGGCCACAGAGCUGGAGGAGCUGAGGCUGAGCAUGAACUUGCGGGAAAGAAGAAUUCGGGAGCAGCACAGGAAUCUGAAAUCAGCCCGAGAAGAGCAAAGAAAACUGAUUGCUGAACAACUUUUAUAUGAACACUGGAAAAACAACAACCCGAAACUUCGAGAGAUUGAGUUGGACCUUCAUAAGAAGCAUGUGGUAAACUCCUGGGAAACACAGAAAGAAGAAAAAAAACAGCAAGAAGCCGCUGAGGAACAAGAGAACAAACGGUAUGAAAAUGAAUACGAAACAGCCCAAAGGGAAGCCAUAGAACGGAUGAGAGCAGAAGAGGAGAGGAGGCAGCUGGAGGACAAGCUUCAGGCUGAGGCGCUGCUUCAGCAGAUGGAGGAGCUGAAGCUGAAGGAGAGAGAGGCGACCAAACUGAAGAAGGAGCAGGAGAAUCUGCUGAAGCAGCAGUGGGAGCUGGAGAGCCUGGAGGAAGAGAGAAAGCGGAUGGCAGCCUGCCGUCAGAAGGCGGAGCUGGGGGGCUUUUUGAGACAUCAGUAUAAUGCACAACUGAACCGACGUACACAGCAGAUCCAAGAGGAACUGGAGGCAGACAAGCGGAUCCUGCAGGCACUCCUGGAGAAGGAGGAUGAGAACCAGCGCAUCUACCAGGCCCGGCGGGAGCAGGUGCUGGCAGAUGCAGCCUGGAUGAAGCAGGUCAUUGAGGAGCAGCUAGAGCUGGAGAGGGCUCGGGAGGCUGAGUUGCAGAUGCUGUUGAGGGAGGAAGCCAAGGAGAUGUGGGAAAAGAGAGAGGCAGAGUGGGCCCGAGAGCGGAGCGCGCGGGACAGACUGAUGUGUGAGGUUCUGAUAGGGAGACAGCAACAAAUACAAGAAAGGAUUGAACAAAACCGACGGGCACAAGAGGAAUCCUUAAAACACAGGGAGCAGCUCAUUCGAAAUCUUGAGGAGGCAAGAGAGUCAGCUCGUCGUGAGAAAGAGCAGAGUGAAGAACUGAAAUCAGCCAGGAAGCAGGAGCUGGAAGCCCAGGUUGCAGAGCACCAGCUGCAGGCAUGGGAAGCGGACCAGCAGGAGGAGGAGGAAGAGGAGGAGGCCAGGCAGGCAGAGCAGCUCACUGACAUCCUGCUGCAGCAGGAGGCGAAGAUAAUGGCUGAGCAGGGCUACCGGCCUAAGCCUUAUGGACAUCCCAAAAUUGCUUGGAACUGACUUUGUUGUUUCUGUAAGCACAGAGAGCAAGGAUGCCAAGGCCUCUGACACAUAGCUGCCCGACAGUCGUACAGCGUUCUGUUACAGUCAGUGUCCAGGGCACUGUCAGAUAGCUCGGCCAUGUCUGUUCAGGUACGCGAUUAAAUGUACUGAGGGUUUGGCCAUGCAUUAAGGUGCCAUGGACAUGCAGCACCCGGCGAGAGGGCCUUUCCUGCCUUUCUUACCUAAGAAAGGCUCUUUUAUAGGCACACAUUUGCAGUCCUGUCAGUGGUCUUGUGAUAAAUAAUGAGAGAUUCUAGAUCAAUACUAAGAGCUACGAGUUGUAUCCCAUGACAGAAUGCAUAGUUUCCUUCUGUCUCACCUUUAAUUGUCAACCUUCAGUGAAGACUCUGGCUAGAGAUGUGAGGGACGUCUUUCAAUUUUUAUUAUUGCCAUUUAAAUUGAACUUUUGUAUUGAAAAUAAACUUGUAGGUCUUGGUGAAGUUUAUUCAGGGUUUAUUAAUUUAGUGGUCCCAAAAAGAUCAUGUCUUUUGUAUUCUGGAAGAAAACAACCUUGAACAAAUUAGAACCCUGAGACAGUCUGAUGUGGUCCAUGGAUGCUUUCCAGAAAGGUGGAGAGAAAUGAGUCUUUCCUCCUUCAGGAAGCAUUUUGGUAGAAUUUCCAUAGGGCACUGGGGGGGUUGCUAUGGGGAGGCAAUCCCAACAUGUAUGUUAUGGAACCUCAAAAGAGACCUCUACAGAUCACCUGGCUGGCUAAACUUUAAAGGCAGGGCCGUGGUGUCUUGAGACGGUCUUAGCUACAUGACGCCUUCUGGGAAUUACUUGUCCAGAGGAAGGGGCACUGAAUGUAAAGAUACUAGUUCAGGCUUAGAACCCCAGACCGGCCAAAAAUUUCCCUCCCAGUUAAAUCAAUGUGACAUACUUCUACAUUAAUUUCUGCAAAUUCCUUGCUGCAAUAAUCAUAUUUUUAUGACAUAUUUUUUCCAUACUCUUUCUCUGAGGUUUCAGUUUUUAUUACAUUGUGUUUAAGAUUCCAUAUCUUAGUAAAUUAUAGCUAAUUAUAGGGCAUUGUUCCAUGGUUAUUAAAAACCAGAGUUUAUUAAAAAAUCCUGAGUCUAAGGACUGCAUUACCUUUUAUUUCCAUUGUGCUGCAAAAACAAAUUGAGCUGCAAACCAUGUCCUUAAUCUGUUUUUCAUUUUCUUGUCUUGAAUUUCUUUGGAUAUGAUCCCCUGAGCACCACUUUUGUUAUACAUGCUCAUAUUUAUUUCCCUCAUUUCAGAUGUUCAUUAAUUGUGAAAUAAAGUUCUGGUUUGACAGCAUUGUUUCCAGGCUUUGUUACUGUUGCUCUUAUCUAUUGCUGCAAAGUGGGUUGUUAGAU